AUGCCAGGUACGGGCCAAGUUCAAUCUGGCGUAGCACCUUCACAACUACCCCCUUUUGACCGAUCUGUUCCUGGUCGAAAUUUGUUUCCCUCUCAUCCACCCCAAACAGCUCCUCCUCCACAACCGCUAAUGGGUGUUUCACCACUAAUGACCAGUAAUACUGAUAUGCACCAGCAACGACCACCACAGCAACAAAUGGAUAAUAACAGUUUCGGUGCGAAAUCCUCAUCGCAUAAAGAUGAAGUUCGUCUUCCGGGUAGUCUUGAAAAAGUUUUACACUUUCGUGAUACGUUAUCGCAUGAACAGCAACUAAAAUCACAACAAUUGCAAACCAAUAAAAGUACAGAAAAUGAUGAAGACGAGUCUGAUGAAAAGGAUGAUGCAGGAUAUGGUUCAGCAGUUUCUACAAACAAAAAGAAAGAUGAUAAUAAAAAGCGUCGGCGUCGACGACAAAAGAAGAAAAAACAACCGAAAAACAAGAAUGAUGCCGGAGAAGAGAAACCAACAUCAACAACAGAUGAAAAAGAAACUGAUGGUGACGAAAAGAUUGAAAUUGAAUAUGUUCAAGAAGAAUUACCGAUACAAAAAGGCGAUCUAUAUUAUACACAUUUUGUUAAAGUAUUUCAAAAUUUCAAAAUUGAUCGAUCAAAAUUCGGUAACGAUCCAAAUAGUAAAGAAGCAAAAGCAAAGAUUAAAUCAGAAAAUGAUAAACAAGUUUUACCACGCGAUCGUACACUAAUUGAUCAAGAUGAGGAAGAUGAAGAAGAACAAAAGAAGAAAGCACUACAAGCCGAUGAUACCCUACAAAAGAAGUCAAAAAAACAAUUAAAAAAAGAAACACGUUUAAGUGUUGCACAAUUAAAACAAUUAGUAUCACGACCGGAUGUUGUGGAAAUGUACGAUGUGACGGCGAGAGACCCUAAAUUACUUGUAUUUUUAAAAGCAACACGUAAUACGGUGCCCGUACCACGUCAUUGGUGUGCAAAACGAAAAUAUUUACAAGGUAAACGUGGUAUCGAGAAACCACCGUUUCAAUUACCUGAAUUUAUUCGUCGAACGGGUAUAAUGGAAAUGCGUGAAGCGCUACAAGAGAAAGAGCAAAAUAAAACAUUAAAACAAAAGAUGCGUGAAAAAGUUCGUCCAAAAUUAGGCAAAAUCGAUAUUGAUUAUCAAAAAUUACAUGAUGCAUUUUUUCGUUGGCAAACCAAACCACGUAUGAGUAUUCACGGUGAUUUGUAUUAUGAAGGAAAAGAAAAUGAAACACGUUUAAAAGAUAAAAAACCUGGUUUACUAAGUGAAGAACUUCGUGUGGCACUGGGAAUACCGGUUGGACCUGCUGCUGAGAAAUAUCCGCCACCAUGGCUAAUUGCAAUGCAGCGUUACGGACCACCACCAUCUUAUCCAAAUUUGAAAGUACCGGGUUUAAAUGCACCUAUACCAGAAAAUUGUCAGUUCGGAUAUCACUCUGGUGGUUGGGGUAAACCACCAGUUGAUGAACAUGGUCGUCCAUUGUACGGUGAUGUAUUUGGAACAAAUCAAUAUUCAUAUAUGAGAGUAAACGAAGAAGAGUACGUCGAUAAAAGUUAUUGGGGUGAAUUGGAAGUAGAAGAGACAAAUGAAGAAUUAGCGUCGUCAUCGGAAGAAGAAGGAGAAGGUACCGAGGGAGAAACCGGAGAAACAGCUGGUGAAAGUGGAAUACCAACAAGUGAAGGAGAGACAAGUGUCGCUUCUGGGGGUGGUGGUGUCAGCGGUUUUGCAACACCAUCUGAAGGAUUUAUCACACCAUCAGGCACAGCAUCCACAGUCACUCAAGGUGUGGAAACGCCUCAACAAUUUGAAAUACGUAAAUCUCGUUUUCAUCAAGAAAUGGACGGCAUUGACACACCACAAACAGCCUAUCAUGUCAUACCCGAGCGAGCGGUUCCUAUUGCUGCUACUAGUCUUCUAGCACCAGGAAAAAUGUAUGAUUUUACAGCAGCGAAAAAAGUCGGUAUGGACAGUGCAUCGGGUACGAGUAGUCGGAAUGACAGUGGCGUCGAUAUCGCCUUGAAUCCAGAUGAUAUCGAUUUGAGUGCCCAAACAAUUGAAACACGUUAUAGACAAGAAUUAAAGGAUAAAGAGCUACAAAAAGAAGAUCUAAGUGAUAUGGUCGCCGAUCAUGUAACAAAACAAAAUAAAGUAUGUUGUCGUUUCUUUUCUUAG